AAAAAUACCGAAUUUUUCUGAUAUGGAAAAAUGUACCAAGUUUUCUCUCAAAUGGCUUAUCAAUCAACAAAGUUAACGAUCCGGUGUCACAAAUAUAUCAGAAUUCGUGAGACAAAAUAAUUUGAUGGCUGUGACCUUGCAAACUUGAGCGGAAGUGAAUUGAAAAGAAGUGGUUAAAUAUUAGUCAUUUGAGUGCAUAAAAUGAUCGUGGGGUUUCUCCGGAACAUUACAGCAAACCACACUCAUCUCCUGGUCGCAGCUCAGAAAAAGUAUCGAAAGUCUAACAUAUCAGCGAGACACCGGUCUUGAAGAAAAUGCAUGUCUUCACUAACAGUGACAGCUUUCUAGCAAUGAUUGUAUCCAAGUAUCUGUACCCGGUUCUUAUCGUUCUGUUUGCAACAACGUGCAUACUCCUGGUUAUUCGACGAAUGCAAGAGAACACUGGUCUUCCUCCAGGUCCAUUUUCUUGGCCAAUUAUUGGUAAUCUUCAUUUGCUUGGCAGCACACCUCAUGAACGACUUACAGAGCUGGCCAAGACCUUUGGAGAUGUGUAUAGAUUACAACUGGGGUCUCGUCGUGUUAUUGUCUUGAAUUCUUUGGACUGUGUUAAAGAAACAUUAGUGAAGAAAUCCAGCGACUUCUCCAGCCGUCCGCCUUUAAGCAGUUUACAAGCAUGUGAAGGCAGUCUUACAUUUGGUCCUUAUGAUGCUAUGUACGUUAAGAAGCGAAGGUUAGCUCACCUUUGCAUGCAUAGCUUUAUGUCAGAUCAAGAACGACUAAACUCUCACAUUAACAAUGGGCUGCAAAAUCUUUGCAAGCGACUUGCAGAGCAUAACGAAGAAUUUGAUCCAAUUCCUGACAUAAAACACGCAGUCGCAGAAAUGAAUUUCAAAUAUACUUUCGGCGAGGACAUUGAUGCGAACAACAAAGAGAAACUUAACGAAAUAUUGAAAGAGUUCAGUGAAUUCAACGCCAGCAGUUUACCUGACUUUUUACCAUGGUUAAGUCCAUUGUUCCAAAGAUCAUUUAAAAGAAUAAAAGAAAUUAUUGCUCAUCUUUUGAACUUUGUUAGACACAUUUACUUUGAAAAGAAAGAAAAAUUUAACAAGGAAAACGAAGUGAGCUGUGUUGGUGAUGCGUUGGUACGAUGCUAUGAGAAUGGUACAAAUGAAAGAUUGGUUGCUCUGGGCGAAAAACUUGACCUUAAUGAAGAGAAUGUUGCUACAUUGUUAACAGAUUUGUAUGGUGCAAGUGUUGAUACAACCAGCACAAGUUUAAUUUGGGCAGUACUUUAUCUCGCUUGUCAUCCAAAUAUUCAAGAUCGUUUGUACAAGGAACUCAGCGAUGUUGUUGGAGAGAAUUGUAUAAGUGUGAAUGACAAACAUCGCUUGCCGUUCUUGGAGGCAACUGUUUUAGAAAUUCUACGAUAUAGCACAGUUCUUCCUCUAGCUGUACCACAUUAUGCAGAACACGAGACCACUGUCGGACCUUACAGAGUUCCUGAAGACACCAUCAUUUUUGUCAACUUGUGGGCCAUUAACCACGACGAAAGAGUUUUCAAAGAGCCUUUCAAAUUUGAUCCUAGUCGUUUUAUUGAUAAAAAUGGUGAAGUAAAUAGAGCUCGUUUUUCUUCUAUUCCGUUCUCAACUGGCACUCGUAAAUGUCUUGGUCACUUACUUGCUCAACUACAGUUGUUCUUACUUCUUGGUGGUAUUGUACACAAGUACAGAAUUGAACUAUCUGGUUGUCCAAGUCUGUCACCCGAAUUUGGGUUUAUUCUUCGACCACAAUCUUUUAAAAUAAUGAUUUCCGCAAGAUAACAUACAGUUAUAUAUAUUUUGCGUAAUGAUAGGACUUGUUUAAUUGUGAAAUAAUUAGCCGAUGAUUUAAAACUUUAAAAUGCAUCAAUUAGUGAGGAAUCAAACCGAGGCUGGAUAACCGCCUACUAUGUAAUGACAUUUCUAUAUAUAUUACUUAUAGGAUAUGAUCUGGCUGCGCCGGUAGGAUUGGGAAAUACCUAAAAAAUACACGCAGAUUUUCAGGUAGUUGAAAACGGAUACGGCAGCAUGUAUAUUCAUCAUUAUUGCACUAUUGAGUAUUACAUGCGUUAUUGCUUUACAGACAUAAUUAACUGUUAAUUUUAUAAUUGUUUUAUGAUAUGGUAAUAAGAGACGCUCUAAUCUUUCACGGAAGGAUAAUAAUAAAGUACACUUCAUAAUGACUGGCACAUAUUGUACAUUUUUGAAGUUCAUUUAAUAUAUCCAUAGUUAUUAUUGUGAUUGAACUUUGUUUUAACUUUUCAUUGUCUGCAAUAACAGAACUGUCCCAGUUGCGUGAGUGGGGUUACAUCAUAGAUGUCUUGCGUGACUGGGAGUGGGGAUACAUCAUACAUGUCUUGCAUGACUGGGAGUGGGAUACAUCAUACAUGUCUUGCGUGACUGGGAGUGGGGAUACAUGUCUUGCGUGACUGGGAGUGGGGAUACAUCAUACAUGUCUUGCGUGACUGGGAGUGGGGAUACAUGUCUUGCGUAACUGAGAGUGGGGAUACAUGUCUUGCGUGACUGAGAGUGGGGAUACAUCAU